AUGCAUUCGGCACCAGUGCCGCAAACUGCCCCGCAUAACCCACACGAAGCUGGGUUCAUGGACUGCGACUCUCUUGCGUCUUACAACGACAAGGUAUGUGCAGCCUGGGAAGCGAUCAAGGACACCCCGGACGAAAAGGUCUUUGAAAGAGGCCUAUUUGAUCGCAUUGCGCUAGUUUUAUCCAACGAGACCCCGGCCCUCGAACUCCACGAACAUCUCUCUGCUGAAGAACAGGAUUAUCUGCCCAUUUUUGAACGCCUUGUCAAUGUCAAGAAGGUGAAAGAUGAAUUGGCUCUAAAUCGACACCCCGAUCAACGAGCUAAGUAUCAACAGAAGGGCAUUGCCCAGAUCCAGCUUAUACAUUCAUCGCUCCAAGCCAUGCACAAGUCUUACGGCAUGCACUACCACCUGAUGGCGAGCUCGUGGAAUCCCACCACAACCAAUCCCACAGCUGGCUGGUGUAAGGAAUUUAGCUCAGACCAUGUCUACCUUAGCUCUUUUUCCUCUCCCAAUCACCUCCUCGAGCGAUUCAAUAGGUUCGCCACCCGUCGCGAUCUGCCUGAUCAGAAGUCCAAGGACACGUAUGUGCGACCAAAUGACCAGCUUCGGAAGGACUUCACUUCGGCUUUGAAUGAGCUUGUGUCCGAACACCUUGGUAAAGUAAAUCCGAAAGCAAUCAAGGGGCGUGUCCACAUCCACCCAAAAAAACCACACUGCAAUCUCCUAUUGCAAAGCAUAGAAUUUCCAAAUGACAUUAAGCUUGCAGUGCAUCAAACAAGCGAUUCGAAAGUCACCCCCCAGAUGCUUGCAGCGGGGCCUGCCGCGAUUAUGAAUGAUAAGGAAAUGAUGCAAGUAUGGUUAGAAGACAUAUUGGCACGCCGUUACACAGUUGUUCGUGUCACAGACCAAAAGGAAGAUCGCACAUAG